AAUGAAGCUUUUCUCGGAGUCACACAAAACAGUUUUUGUGGUCGAUCACUGCCCAUAUAUGGCAGAAUCCUGUAGACAACAUGUCGAGUUUGAUAUGUUGAUAAAGAAUCGGACGCAAGGAAUCAUACCGCUCGCACCUAUAUCUCGAUCCCUCUGGACUUGUUCAGUGGAGUCCUCCAUGGAAUACUGUAGGAUAAUGUAUGAUAUAUUUCCCUUUAAAAAACUAGCGAACUUCAUUGUGAGCGAUUCUGGAGCAAAUGUCUUAAACUCGUGGAACCAGGAAGACCAAAACUUGCAGGAGUUAAUGGCUGCUCUGGCGGCUGUUGGGCCUCCCAAUCCUCGCGCGGACCCAGAAUGCUGCAGUAUCCUGCACGGCUUAGUGGCAGCCGUAGAAGCUCUUUGCAAAAUUACCGAGUACCAACAUGAAGCCAGGACCUUGUUAAUGGAGAACGCCGACCGUGUGGGAAACAGAGGGCGGAUCAUCUGCAUUACUAACGCAAAGAGUGAUAGCCAUGUACGAAUGCUUGAGGAAUUUGUCCAGGAAACAAUACACGAACACAAUAAGUUAGCGGCGAAUUCUGAUCAUCUGAUGCAGAUCCAGAAAUGUGAGCUGGUUUUAAUUCAUACUUAUCCUGUCGGGGAAGAAAGCCUUGUGUCAGAUCAUCUUAAAAAAGAGCUCUCUCCUGUUUUAACCAGCGAAGUCCAUAGCGUUCGGGCUGGACGGCAUCUGGCCACCAGACUGAACCUUUUAGUUCAGCAGCAUUUUGAUCUGGCUUCAACCACUAUAACUAACAUCCCCAUGAAGGAAGAGCAGCAUGCCAACACCUCUGCCAACUAUGAUGUGGAACUGCUGCAUCAUAAAGAAGCCCACGUAGACUUUUUAAAAAGUGGUGAUACUCAUAUGGGUAGCAGCAGCAGCAGCAGCAAAGAGGGCACAUUCAAAGAAACCAUCACUUUAAAAUGGUGUACCCCAAGAACAAAUAGUGUUGAACUGCAUUAUUGUACCGGAGCGUACAGAAUAUCCCCCGUAGAUGUGAACAGCCGUCCUUCUUCUUGUUUAACCAACUUUCUUCUUAAUGGCCGUUCUGUGUUGUUGGAACAACCUCGCAAGUCUGGCUCUAAAGUCAUCAGUCACAUGCUGAGCAGUCACGGAGGAGAGAUUUUCCUGCACGUGUUAAGCAGUUCUCGAUCCAUUCUGGAGGAUCCCCCUUCCAUAAGUGAAGGGUGCGGGGGCAGAGUCACCGACUACAGGAUCACCGAUUUUGGUGAAUUUAUGAGAGAAAAUAGGCUGGCUCCUUUUCUAGAACCGAGGUACAAGAACGAUGACAGCCUUGAGAUUCCUUUGGAACGAGCCAAAGAUCAGCUAGAGAAACACACCCGUUACUGGCCCAUGAUUAUUUCGCAGACCACCAUAUUCAACAUGCAGGCGGUGGUGCCAUUAGCCAGCGUCAUUGUAAAAGAAACACUGACAGAUGAAGAUGUGCUCACCUGUCAGAAAACAAUUUACAGUCUAGUAGAAAUGGAAAGGAAAAACGAUCCGUUGCCAAUAUCAACAGUUGGGACGAGAGGGAAGGGCCCUAAAAGAGACGAACAGUACAGGAUUAUGUGGAACGAACUGGAGACCCUUGUUCGGGCUCACCUCGCCAACUCGGAGAAACAUCAGCGUGUCUUGGAGUGUCUUCUGACUUGCAGAAGUAAACCUCCCGAAGAAGAGGAGCGCAAGAAACGAGGCAGGAAGAGAGAAGAAAAAGAGGACAAAGGAGAGAAAGCAGGGAAAGAUUAUGAAUCGGAAAAAUCCUGGCAGGAAUCAGAAAGGCUAAAAGGUUUAUUAGAUCGUGAGAAAGAGGAACUCGCAGAAGCAGAAAUCAUUAAAGACUCUCCGGAUUCCCCAGAGCCGCCCAACAAGAAGCCUCUUGUUGUAAUGGAAGACUUGCCAGGGCUGGAAAAAAAUAAAGGGCCAAUAUCCCUUCUGUCUCUUUGGAGCAACAGGAUUAAUGCUGCAAAUUCUAGAAAACAUCAAGAAUUUAUUGGCCGCUUAAAUUCUGUCAACAAUAAGGCUGAACUGUAUCAACAUCUUAAAGAGGAGAAUGGGUUUGUAUCUCAACAUAGCUUGCUACAGGAUGCCUGGUUAUUUCUGGUUAAUAACUUAUCUGAAAAUUUUGCCCUUAAAUACAUUAAACUAUAAUCUUAAUAAAUAACAUGAAGGCUUC